AUGUGGCUCGUCUACUCCAUUUUCUGCAUUCUCACGUUCAUCUCAUACAGUGAUUCGUUUACCAUCGGACAUUUGGAAUUUGUGAAUUCCAACGAGAGCAAAAUAUUGCAAAUCUGUCUUGGACCGCGUACCGAACACCGGUUGAUCUCAUUAGAUGCUUGCAACAACUUCAACGGUCUCGAAAAUGCGGCUAAUUUGAAUUAUCACUAUAAAGUCGAUUUGCUAAUUGGAGCAUCUUGCGACGAAGAAACCGAAACGGUGUCGCGACUAGCGCUUCGAUGGCAUAAAAUCUAUUUGUCAUCGGCUCCAUUGAGCACAAAAGAAAAAGAAGAAACGACGAUCGCCUUAAAGGCGCAUAGUGUCGCCGGAAAUGCUGAAAUGAUCAUUGGAAUGUGUCGAGCAAUGGGCUGGCGAGAAAUAGGAAUUUUGUAUUCAGAAGAGACGAAAUAUAAUGCGCAUGCAAUAUAUGACAAUAUUGCCAGCAAACACGAUAUCAAUAUCAAUGUAUUCCUCGAAACCGACGGAUAUAUCAACACAUAUCCGAUCAUAAACGAAGCACGGGUGCUGAUUUCCUUCAUGAAAUACAAACAUCUCGCACAGUUUGUUGAGACACUUCGAGAUAAAGCUGUCAGACCACUAGAAUAUUCAAUUAUACAAAUUGACGACGGAAUAAGACCUCCUGAAGAAUUCUUCAGAUUUCUUGAUCAUCAAGCAUCAAUCGAUACGAAUGAAAUUGAGGCUUCUCGAUUGCGAAAAAUGCAUACACAUAUUGCAUUAGUUCGAAAUAUCCAUGAAAAUAUGACAAAUGUGAAUAAGUUUGCCACGAAGUACCACAUUCCUUCGGGUCAUACUCUUUACAAGGCUCUUAUUCUUUGCGACGGACUUCAGCUUCUUUCGGGAUAUGUGAGAAACGAGAACGAUUCUACAAUUGAGGAGCUGCCCAGUUUAUGGGCUCAUAUGACAAAUACCGAAGUAUCAGGAUAUACGGGUCCCAUGUUUAUUGGAUAUGACGGAAUAAGACGUCCGUACUACGAAAUGUUCUUCUGGAGGAAUAAACAAGUUCAUAUGGUUGCCGUUGCGAGACCCAAGCAAAUCCAGUUGUGCGAAACGAAUAUAAGCAAUUGCUAUGAAUUUUCGAGAAUGCACAAUGGUCAUCUUUUGGAUGAAUUGCCUCCGUAUUAUUCGGAAUGCGGCUAUGAUAAUUCAUUAUGCAGUGAUAGCCAUGUAUUCAUUAUUGCUGCAAUUGUCUUUACAAUACUUCUCAUUCCACUCGCAAUUGCUUUAUACCUUCAAAGGAAAGAGCAUCUGAUUCAAAAAAUGCCUUGGCGAGUUCCAUUAGAAUCGUUGAACUUCAAUGAAGGGAACCACAGUCAGAUGGUUUCGAUGAAUCGCCGAAUGUCGAAUUCAACUCAGCGAAUCUCGCAUUCUUCCAUUCUGACACUAUCGUAUUGUGAGCAGGCGAUGCUCAAUAAACAAAAGGUGAAAAUUAAGCGGUUCAUUCAAAGACGAGCUAUCACAUUCUCGCGAUGUGAAAUGGAAAUGCUCAAUGAACUCAAAUUUCUUUCGCACUCGAAUAUCAAUACUUUUAGCGGGAUCUGUUUCAACCAGGGAAGCGAGUUGUUAGUUCUUUGGGCAUUUGCCGCCAGACUUUCUCUUGAGGACCUCAUUUUUGGAAAAGAGCAAAAAUUUGGAAGAAAUUUCCAAUCGACAUUCCUUAAACACAUUAUUUCUGGUCUCAAUUAUAUUCAUAAUAGUUCGAUCAAAUUCCAUGGCGCUCUUUAUUUAUCAAAUUGUGUCGUCGACUCAUAUUGGGUUGUGAAGCUCACAGACUUCGGAAUUCGCAGUGUCUUUCAUGAGAAGUUUUUGCACAAGGAACUCGUUUAUCUGAAUAACUUUGACGUCGAAGCGAUUCAUUUCAAAUAUCUACAAUUGGCUCCAGAACACUUGGCCGAGCUUCUCGAAAAACACGAAGAGCCAAUUGGGUCUCAAAUUGGCGAUAUUUAUCAAUUAGCCAUGUGCAUUUAUCAGAUACUCUUUUAUAUGAGGCCAUUUGCAGAAAGACAAGAAUCUAUAAAUGAAAUUGCUCAAUUAAUCAAUAAGACGCCAUCGUCUAUUAUUCAUCCUUCUGUUCCCGAAGGUGCUAGUUUUACAAUGCGGUUAUUGUCGAUAAUGCAACAGUGUUGGCUUCAUAAACCAUCGGCGAGACCAACUCUUGUUAAAAUAAUGGAUGCUGUGAACCGAGAAUUCGGGCAAGAAGCAAAAGGUAGUUUAAUUGAUCAAAUGAUUGAGAUGAUUGAUGAGUAUUCGGCAAAUAUGGAACAGAUUGUGGCUGAGAGAACAAUGGAUUUGGAGAAUCAAAUGUCGAAAACCGAGAAUUUACUUUAUCAACUGCUACCAAAGUCGAUGGCAGAUGCGAUUCGAGACGGACGCACUGUAUCACCCGAACAACAUCCAGCAGUAACUCUUCUCGUCGUUGAUAUUUGCCAAUUUACAAAAUUCUGCGAAGCAUUUAUCCCCGUCCACAUUCUCGAAACCCUCCAGGAAUUGUAUUCUUCGUUCGAUUAUAUUGUGCAAAAGAACAAGGCAUUCAAAGUGGAAAAUGUCGGAGACGCCUAUUUGAUUUGUUGCGGAAUUCCGGAAAUGCCCGGACACAAACAUCUACGGGAGAUUUGCAAAAUCUCUCUAAAACUUCAAACGUUCAUGAAAACAUUCACAGUCCGACACCGUCCGAAUCAUAAACUCGACGUCAAAAUGGGCGUUACGACGGGAGCGGUUGCAGCCGGAAUUCUUGGAAGUAUUGCUCCAAGGUUCUGCAUAUUCGGAGAUACCGUCAACAUGUGCUGCCGAAUGGCUAGCACUAGUCUGCCCGGAAAAAUUCAAAUAAAUGAGCUGACUGGAAAUACGCUCAAAGAGAAAUUUCCGUCGUUUAUUCUCGAAGAACGGGGAAUGGUGGAUGUGAAGGGAAAGGGACCAUGCUUGACGUAUUGGCUGAAUGGAGAGAAGGAUAUCAAACGGCAACCAUCAAGAACCUCGCAAAUUAAAUUCGAAGAGCCAAAUAAUUGA